AUGGAUAGUCUCGACGCAAACCCUAAUUAUUUACUAAUCGCUUGUCGUUUGUUCAACCUUGUCGGGAUCACUGUUAUUAUCGCUAACAGUGUAGUUUUAGUUGUGAUUAACACCAGUCGAGAUCUUCGCAGCAGAAUGUGCUUAUAUAGUUUUAUGAGUGUGGGAGAGCUGUUAAUUGGUUCUGGAUAUGUUUUGCACGGUACCGGUGUUGAGCUACUCUUAUACAAAAAUCAGUAUUUUGAAAAAAUAACUGCUGCGCAGUGCUUAAAAACAAAGCCUUGGCCGUUACUGCAGAUUAUAGCAGGUCAGUUAACUGCUUGGACAAAGCUGGCAAUUGCCAUCGAGUGCUUCAUUGCUGUAACUUUUCCAGUAAAGUAUAACAUUUACUGGCGAUUACAUUAUAAAGUUAUGCUUGGAAUGCUUGGUUUUAUCUACAGCUUGGUGGAAAAUUCAGCUAUACCAGUGGAGAUAGAAAAAGUGGGCGUUUUGUGCAAAUUACUGCUUCAGAAAUUACAAUUUUCUGUUGCAUUAGACGUGACAUAG